CCUCUGCCUUUAACGUGAGCUAGUGCCUUUCCUCCCUGCGUCAAGCAUCGUCAAUUUCCUGUUUAACUUAAAGUCAACACAUCUGUCGCGUUAGCAUCUCCCUCUGCCUGGUUCCCCUGAGCCACCCCCUCCCAUCUGCUCUGCCUCCAGCCUCCCCCUGCUCCUAUUGCUUUGUGCCUGGGGUGUGCGUGCAUGCGCCUCUGUUUGCUGUUGCCUGAUGGACUUUUCCACUGCUUGUGCUCCGGUACCUGGAUGCGGGCGCAGUGGGAUGAUCGGCUUGGCUUGCAGAGCAUUUACUUCUAAUCUCCGGCGGAAAGGGGAGACCCUUUCAGGAGCAGCUCUGCGGGCUGGAAAGAGGGGAAAUGGCUGGUGAAUGGCUGCAGUGAGAUAUUUCGCAGUUCGGGACAUGACCUUCACCUCCAUGAUGAAUCAGGAAAAGGCGGUCAAGUCCUCCUAGCUCCCUGGCUGUGCCAUUUGCUGUUCCCUUGCUGUUCACCAGACAGCAGCCCCGGCUCUUCCCACCCAAAGCAAGGAAGAAGCCAGCAAACCACGCAUGACAGCUGAAAAGUGAAGCAUUAUCAAAAGCUGCGUGAGACUGUCAGAGGGAAACUUUAUAUAGUAAUUCUCCUUCUGAGCCUGGGAAACCGUGCAUCACAUUAGUUACAAGGAAGAGAGACAAGAAAUGCUCAAGUAACCGAGACCAGAAAUUGCACAAAUCAAUACAUAUAUUUGAAUAACUACACACAGACAUCUACAGCAUUUAGAAAUCUGCAUCCACAAUGGAUGAUGGAUACAGAAACACAAACCUCUAUCAAGGGGGCAGGGAGACAAACCAAGUCUCAGAUGAUUACAGGUACCAGGACGGUAACUACGAGGGGUACGCACCCAAUGAUGACUACUACCGCGGCGGGGACGAGCCCACUCAUGAAGAAGAUGCCCAGAGUGAUGUUACAGAAGGCCAUGAUGAAGAUGAUGAGGUCUAUGAGGGGGAAUACCAAGGAAUCCCGCACCCAGAUGACAUUAAAGCCAAGCAGAAGCAGCGAGCUCCUGCCAUGGAUGAUGAGUACAGAGACCGUGCUGACCUUAUGGCAGAGAGGAUGGAGGAUGAGGAGCAGCUUGCCCACCAGUAUGAAAACAUCAUUGAGGAGUGUGGCCAUGGACGCUUCCAGUGGACCCUCUUCUUUGUUUUAGGGUUGGCACUGAUGGCAGAUGGGGUGGAGCUGUUUGUGGUUGGAUUUGUUCUGCCCAGUGCUGAGAAGGAUAUGUGCUUAUCCAGUUCAAACAAAGGCAUGCUAGGCCUGAUAGUCUACCUGGGAAUGAUGGUGGGGGCUGUCAUGCUGGGUGGCCUCGCCGAUAAACUAGGAAGAAAGAAAUGCCUCAUCAUAUCACUUGCAAUCAACGCUGCCUUCGCCUUCCUGUCCUCUUUUGUCCAGGGAUACGGAUUCUUCCUCUUCUGCCGCCUUAUCUCAGGCCUCGGUAUUGGGGGAUCCCUCCCCAUCGUGUUUGCCUAUUUCUCUGAAUUCCUGUCUCGUGAGAAGAGGGGCGAGCACCUGAGCUGGCUUUGCAUGUUCUGGAUGAUCGGUGGUAUUUUUGCUUCAGCAAUGGCUUGGAGCAUCAUCCCACAUUACGGCUGGGGGUUCAGUAUGGGAACCAAGUACCACUUCCACAGCUGGAGAGUCUUUGUUCUGGUCUGCUCCCUGCCCUGCAUCGCCUCCUUGGUAGCACUGAAGUUCAUGCCCGAAAGCCCACGCUUUUUGCUGGAGAUGGGUAAGCAUGAUGAAGCCUGGAUGAUCCUCAAGCAAGUUCAUGACACCAACAUGCGAGCCAAGGGCGAGCCAGAGAGAGUGUUUACGGUUUCUUAUAUCAAAACUCCAAAGCAAGUAGAUGAAUUCAUUGAAAUUCAGAGCUCAACAGGGACUUGGUACCAGCGGUGGCUGGUCAGAAUCACAACCACCUUCAAACAGGUCUGGGACAACGUGCUAUAUUGUUUAACAGCCCAGUACAGGAUGAACACACUGAUGCUGGCUGUGGUUUGGUUUACUAUGGCCUUAAGUUACUAUGGCCUUAUUGUCUGGUUCCCUGACAUGAUCCGGUAUCUCCAAGAAGAGGCCUAUGAGUCCCGAGUGAAGGUCUUCGACGAGGAAGAAGUGUCACACUUCACCUUUAAUUUCACCCUGGAGAACCAGAUCCAUAGAAACGGGGAAUAUAGAAAUGAUAAAUUUAUUGGCAUGAAAUUCAAGGAAGUGAGAUUUGAGGACUCGCUGUUUGAAGAAUGCUACUUUGAGGACGUGACCUCCAGCGAAACCUUCUUUGAAAACUGCACCAUCAUCUCUACAGUCUUUUAUAACACUGAUCUCUACGAACACAAAUUCAUCAACUGCAGGCUCAUAAACACGACGUUCAUGAAGGAGAAGGAAGGCUGCCACCUGGACUUUGAGGAGGACAAUGACUUCCUGAUCUACUUGGUCAGCUUCCUGGGCAGCCUGUCUGUGCUGCCGGGCAACAUCAUCUCUGCGCUGCUUAUGGACAAAAUAGGGAGGAUAAAGAUGAUCGGUGGCUCAAUGCUGAUCUCCGCAGUGUGCUGCUUCUUUCUCUUUUUUGGCAACAGCGAGUCGGCGAUGAUCGGCUGGCAGUGCCUCUUCUGCGGGGCCAGCAUCGCCGCCUGGAACGCCCUGGACGUGAUCACCGUAGAGCUGUACCCCACGGAUAAAAGGGCAACAGCCUUUGGCAUCCUCAAUGGGCUUUGCAAGUUUGGUGCCAUCCUGGGGAACUCAAUCUUUGCCUCCUUUGUAGGGAUAACCAAGGUGGUUCCCAUCCUUCUAGCUUCCUCUGCUCUGGUUGGAGGUGGCCUGCUCGCUUUGCGCCUGCCAGAGACUCGAGACCAGGUCCUGAUGUGAGCAACUGAGGCCAGGGGGGUCAGGGGUAGACAUGGAAGAAGAACUAAAAAGAGCCAUGUUUGGAAAAAAUCAAAAUGUCCUUUUCUAUACUGUUUUGUCAAUACCUCAAAGAGAGGGGGCAGAGGGGGAAAGAAGAGCCCAAAGGGAUAAAAAUGAAGCCCUUUAGUAUCUGACCCUUUUGCAGCCACGACUGGUGCAUGCAGCUACUACACAUGCCCUGCAGAGCUUUGCUGUUUGGGUUUAACCUUGCCUACACUGGGAUCCUGUCCUUUCCCACUCCAUCCCAGUGUAGCAACACAGGACAGGAACAGUGGCUUUCUGCAUGCGUGUGCCUGCACGGAUGUGAGCGUGUCCGACAUGAGAGCAAACCUUGAUCCCGCCUGCCUUUGCCGAGCUGUGAGAUCCUGCCUGCCUUGCCAAGCACUCCCUGGCAACUCAAAUCCACUGUGCUCAACUCUGAUAGGCAACUGAAUGGGAGGCAGGUAACAAACCUGCUCUAGAUCACAUCCAGCAGCAGGGACCAGAGCUGCAGAUGUGACUAGUGACCUUAUCUGUCUUGACUUAGGGUCAUCACCUUGAAGAGUGAGAGAGUCCUGAAAGAUUUGAGGGUGGGUGCUCAGCUCUCUUGGAAGAAUCAGGCUUUCAAAGCCCUUCACUAUCUUCACUUGAGCAUAGAGAUUACUAGGCGCCUUCUUGGUCUGGGAGAGAAGUAUAUACAUUGUUAUAUAUAUAUGUAUUUUCACAUACUUGCAAACGUACGUGCACACAUUGAAGUGAUCAGCUACUGAAAUUUAUGAUUUUAAAUUUCUGCACUAUUAAAAUAUUCUAAGAGAGGCACUAAGAUCUAAUCCCACUAAUUCAAGAUUAUCUGGAGUUACAACCUACUUGGUGACGCAUCAUUCUUCAUAUCCAGACACCAAAUAUUUAAAUGUAUUGAUGACUGGGACUAUAUAUUUCUACGAUGAUAAAGAUUCUUUUUUCCUACAGAUUUUCACAGGGGAGAAAUUGAUAAGAUGUUGGAGCAUUCCACAAACCAAAUGUGUACAUAUUAUCCAGUGUAAAUAGGAUACUUUUUCUCUAAUGUCUAGAGUAUGGUAAUUGAGAAUUUACCAGCAUUUUAGCCAUAAUAGUUAAAGAAUAUGAUGCUUCAUUUUCUUAUAUAUUUGGGUCUCGUUGAAAUACUGUAAGCACAGUUACUUAUAGCCAUUUAACUUGUUACACGGGCAAUGCACACAGCAAGCUUGCACUGUACAGAAAAUUAUAUUCCCCAUCAGGUGAGACAGUUCUGUUUGAUAUCCUGUAAAGACCAUUUCUGAAUUUCAUAUGCCCCUUUUAUUGUAUGACUGAAGUUCUGUUGCACCUGGAAGUAAAGUGAGCCAUGUAUUUUUGGAUAUAUUUUCAUGGGGAGCAAGACUUAAACACAUACUGUUAAAUAACACGUUAAUGCUUAUAAAUACCUAGAUAGUUCUAAUUAGAUCCUUUCAGCGAGCUCAAUGAUAGACCAGAAUUGAUCAGAAAAGGUCACAUAAUGCAGGGUAUUUAUCUCACCAGGAUGUUUUCUGGCACAAAAAGUUCUUUUGUACUUUUGCUUGUGACUUUCCUUUUACCUUUCUUUGGAUCCCUCUUUUUUUCCCCCUUUUAUUUUUAAGAAAAACAAGCAAUGCUAUGCUGAAAUCCAGCAAGACUGAAGUCUAACACCUCUGCCUUCAGCUGCACAGAGGCAGUCACUCACACACCAGGUCAACCCCCACGCAGCUGUGACAGAGCGUGGGCACUGCUGCACAGGACAGGUGAAGGGCAGAAAAUGUGGUGAGAUCACAAGAAGCAAAUCCUUGCCAAUGAGGCAAAACCAUCUAAAGAGCACCGCUUCCAUCCUUGUGUCAACUGGGGAUAAGCGCUUAAAGAGCAGAUAGGUCCCAAUGGGCUAUUUGGGAUUUGUAUAGAUUUAUUCUGAGGUUUAUGAAAUUGAUAAAAUCACAAACCACUGCAAUAGCCAGGCUUAUUAUGCCUCAUUUCUUCAUGUUAUGGGUAGCUUAGGGCCUUUUUUGAUUGUCUUGAAAACAGCAAGGUUCCUUCUGUAAGGUAGGAGGGAAUGUAAUUAUGUCCUUUGGCAGCAGAUCACAGAUGCUGUUGAGAACCACAACCCAGAACGUGUUUUUCCUCUAAGAAUGCCUGGUACUUUUGCUCAGUGUGAAGCAGCCAAAUAUGUAUUUCAACACAAAAGAUCGCCACGGUCUUUAUGGUCCAUCCUUUCUGUUUGGCUCUGCAUGCCGAUGACCACAUUGAGUCUGGGGGAAGGGGAAUUUUAUUUAAUGGUCGGAGUUAUUCUGUUGUGCUGCUCUGUGGAGCCAGAACUUUUGUAUUUAUUUUAUGAAGCUCUGUUAGAUAUAUAUAUAUCCAGGGCUCCGACAGCAAACCUGACUAUUUGUGUUCUCCACUCACUUUGCUUGGUGACUCUAAUGGCAUGGCUUAUUUCCUUGUUGGUUUCCUGAGAAGGAAGAAAUUGAGUUCUUAAGGAGAUAAAGAUGGUCAGGUAACAGUAGGAAAAGUCACCCAAUCUUAGAAACCUUUCUUCUUUACAGAAUGACUCUUACACAUGGUCUGCCUGGUAAACAUCAUAUCUGAGAGAUUAUCUGAGACAAGGUAAAGAGUAAUAGGUUGUUGCAGUCAGUGUCACCCUGGCUACCCAUGUGACUGUGCCUCUAAAACUCAUGGCCAGUCACUUCAGAGCUAGGGGAUGUUGCUAUGGGUCUUGAUGCUCCCAUCCCUGACACUUGACUGGGGAAUUCAUGACCAAAAACAAAAGGCAAACAUACAUGGCAGCUAGAACAGCAGGGCCUGGGAAAGGGCAGCAGUGAACAAAGAAAGAAGAAAGGACAAUCUAGGAGGAAACUCCGUAAGCUGGCGUUAGACACCUGCAACUUAGCUGUCUGAACGUGAAUUAAUCACCCAGGGUUCCCAUCACUCUCAGCUGUAAGAAAUAGUGAACAUGUGUUACACCCCUCUUAGACACCAUAUCUAGGAGGUGAGGUCGACCUGUUCUGACACCUCCCAGCCAACUUCAGUGUGGACAAGACACAGUGAACACUCCCAACGUUUCUUCAUUGUCCUUGUCAUGAUCCAAAUGAGCGUAGGCUUCGCACUGUUACUCUCAGGAGCAAAGCGGUUGUUGGGUGCAGCCCCCUCAGCAUUGUCCGUGUUUUGAUUUGGGUCUGAAUUUCAAGCUGCGUGCUGCUGACCAGGCUGAGCUCAAGCCACAGGGCACCAAGCACCACGCAUGGAAAGUUUCGAUCAGUCACCUCCUCUGAUGGCUUGGCUUCAUUUCUACUGUAAUUCAGCAUUAUACUGCAGCGCAAGGGCCAGCAUGCCCUCCAGCGGUUCUCUUUGCCUACACUUGCCACAGUGAACAGUCUCCUUGUCAUGGAGUUUUGAGACUCUGGACUAUCCACAGAGAAGAGGAAAAUUCUGGCUGAUCACAAGCCCAGUGCUGAGCUCUAUUUCCUUGGAUUAAUGAACUUUUCAGCAACAAGGGCACCAAGGACCAAGACAGGGGACUUGCCUUAAAUCCCAAAGACCUCUUCUAGAGGACAGCUGGACUUCAUGUGUACGUGGCACACCAGUCCAGCCGCUCAGCCAGGGACGGUGGCAUGGAAAAGGUGCAGGGACAUGACCUGGUCUACUGUGUCUUCAUGUGCAGACAGAGUAUCGGGUUCCACAGGAGCAGUUCAUUACUGGGUUCCCGAGCACGCAGAAACAGAUGUUUAGAGGAACGCAAAGCACUGUUGUUACCGUUGUAGAAGACCAGUGGUAUUACAGUAAGAGUUCUGCCUCCUUGUAUUCCCUGUUGAUUAAACUGAUUGUUGUACUCCUACUCCUUUACUUUGGCUGUGCAGCACUGCUUCUGCUCUCACCUUUCAUGGUGCCACAUCUUGCCAGUGGUGGCUGUGCUUGGGACUGGGUGGGCAACCUCCUGCUUGCCCAUGCGAUCCUCAAUCCCCUUGAAAUGCUGUAUGAUUAAUAAACAGCUGUGUGUGGAUCUUUUGGACAAAGAAAAUGGUCCCUCUUGGAAAACCCAAGCCCAGAGCCAAUUGUUUUGCAUUCUGGAGAGAGGUCAGGCAGCUGAUGUCCUUAGGUGACACUGGAGACGUGCAAUAAGUGAUAUCCCCUGAGUCUGGGAGCAGUCCAGUUCCUAGAUCGGGUUCAUACAUGGGCACAGAGCUAAGCUGCAUGGAGCUGAGCUUUCUGCAGACCUGAAAGUCUCUUCUGGGUCCUGCUUUGAGACUUCCAGCAACAGAGUAUACUCAGAUAUUGGUAAGGAAGUCUUAGGUCCAUUUAUGUCUCCUGCUUACGUCCUUUGACUUUCCAAAGGACACAUAAAUCACAAGAAUAUGUUUUUAUGUCUAUGUAGAUCUGAGCCCAAUACAUCAUAUUUCCACAAAGUUUCUUCUUUUGGUUUCUCCCCCUUGUAUUAGCAAAUGCUGCUUUUGGGAAGAAUCAAGCCUGAGAACUGUGAAGAAAGAAAAAUGAAUGAAACUUCUUUGCUGUCUGUAAUGCUAGUGCUGUACAAACGUUCACACACUGCAAGUUCCACUGCAAAUUACACCCCGUGUUGUGCGUGUUAUGAAAUAUUUCAUUUAGAUGUUCUGUCUGCUGUGUGUGAAAUAGCCAGUUCCAAUUCCUUUUCUCCUUUUCUUUAUUUAACUCUCCCUCCCUCUUUUUUCUUUUUUCUUUUUUUUCUUUUUUCUUUUUUUUUUUUUCUAAAUUUGAUCUGUGUCUGGUUGUCACUGGAAAUUGCAGCUGUUCCAAUGGACUUUGUUUUUGUUCCCCUUGUCACAUUAAAAAGCUGGAAGAAAAAGAA